AUGAUUAAUAUUAUACCAUUAUUGUGUACUGGAUGUCAACAACCAAUUUGGGAUCCAUAUUUAUUAUGUAUUGAUCAAAAUAUAUGGCAUGAACAAUGUGUUACAUGUUCAAUAUGUCAUUGUUUAUUACAUAAUAAAUGUUUAGUACGUAAUCAAAAAUUAUAUUGUCGAAGUGAUUAUAUUAAGCAAUUCGGAAUUCGUUGUAAAGGUUGCAAUCAAUUAAUUCAAUCAGAUGAUUCUGUCCUAAGAUUAUACACAUAUAAAAGUAUAAAGUCAACAUCAAUACAAAAUGAUUUCAUUGAAAAACAAAAUAUACUUGAAUUCCAGUCAUCUAUUGUUACCUCUACCAAUACAACUAAGAUUAAUAUAUCAACACCAAAUAAAUAUGAAUUAAAUCUUGCAAAUGAUGAAGCUGAUACUACAAAAGAUUCAUUUGAUUUAUCUGUUUUAAUUCAUUAUUUUCAUGUAGAUUGUUUUAAAUGUUGUGAUUGUAAUCGUUUAUUAACUCCUGGAGAAGAGUAUACAAUAAAAAAUGGUAUGCCAUUAUGUAUAAUGGAUUAUGAGAAAUAUUUACUUGAUAAAGAAUCACAAAAUAUUUGUACAAGAUUACAAGAAUCUUUUAGACAAUCAAUACAAUAUGAGAAGUGUACACAAGACAUUAAUAAUAACAUGAAUGAUAAUUAUUCUAAUGACACAAAUAAUGAAGAUAACAGAAUAAAUGAACAACAAGAAAGAUAUUCUAAUGAAGAAUCAAAUGAUACAGAUUUGAAUUGUAAAGAAUCUAAUCGAUUGAUGACUAUUGAUAUAAAAUCAGAGAUUGGAAAUUAUGAUAAGUCAACUAGUAGUACUAUUGAUACAAGUUUAUUGAAUGAUUCAGUUCUUUUAUCAGAUAUCAAUAUAUCUGCACCGAAUUCCAGUGAUGAUUCAAGUAAAGAUGGAGAUAGGAUGGAUGAUGAUGAACUGUAUGAAAUGGAUAGUGAUUCUGAAUCUGGGAAAAAUUCUAAAAGACCACGUACAAUCUUGACAGCUAAUCAACGUCGUAGAUUCAAAGCUGUAUUUGAAUUCAAUCCAAAACCAACACGUAAGAUACGUGAAGCUUUGGCAACAGAAACUGGUCUAAAUAUUCGUGUAGUACAAGUGUGGUUUCAAAAUCAGCGUGCAAAGAUUAAAAAAUUAGCUCGUCGACAUGCACAAGAAUCUCGACAACAAUCAAAUCGUAGAAUGUUAAUUAACAAUCCCAUGAUUAAUAAUGAACCAAUGAUUAGAAUUCAAUCACCAAACUCUAUGUUAUUUAAUCUAAGAAAUCCUACAAUAUCAGAUAUACCCUACUUAUAUAAAACAGUUGAUAAUUGUCAAGAUAUAACAUCACUUCAAAAUGAACCAAUAAAUGAAAAUGAUCCAGAUGAAAUUCUCAGAAAAAGAAUGAUUUCUUUAGCCACUUCCUGUUCACCACCAUUCAUUCAUAUACCACAAGCGAAUCAAAUAGAAAAUCCAUAUCCUGCAAAUAUCUCAUAUAUUUCAACAACUAGUAAGGCUAUGGAAAACUCGUCAUUAACAUUUUCAACACAUGAAUUAUUUUCUUGUUUAAAUCCAGUUUGUACCAAUUCGAAAUCAAGUUCAUUAUUAUCUGAAGUAGCAUUCACUCCGAUUACUUCAUCUGGUCUUGUGAUAAAUGAUAAUAAUAAUAAUGACAAUAUUCAUAAUAAUAAUAGUAAUAAUAAUAGUGUCGAAAACAACAGUACUACCAACGGUUCAUCAACAUUUGAUACAUCAAUCAAUAAAUUGUAUUCAAUGCAUCAAUCUUAUUUUAUGUAA